UCGCGGUGAAGAAAUGAAGCGCAGCCACGAUCUUCAGUGACCUGGAUUAAAAAGAUCCGGAUCCUGGUGUGAGAAGACUCCGCUGCAGGUUCGUGUUUUUUUUUUCAUUAUUAUAAAAUACUUUUCAUAAAUUGAUCUUUAUCAUCUCUCUGUCGCGUGACCAGUUAACGGCUCUGCAAUGACUGACAAAAACUGAGUUAUUCUGUGUAAAAUCUGAGUCAGAUUUAUUAUUAGUCCCGUCUCCAUAUUACAGCCUUAGAACCGAAUUUAACAGGUAACAUGACCGGAUCAGAAUCAAACAGAUUCACAGUAAUGAUUUGAGAUUUAAUCCACAACCUGCAUCUCAAUUUAAUCUGACUCUCUUUAAUCUGUAGAUUAUACAGAACUACUGAUCCGUGAUCCCCGUCCUCCGCCCGCCCACACACACACACACACACACACACACACACACACACACACACACACACACACACACACACACACACACACACACACACACUACUGGUGAUUUCCAGUUUGUUAAAAAACGCUAUCGUCGGAGCAGGGCCGAUUAUAAAAUCAGAGCUUCAGGGGGCUCAGCCUCUAUUAUGCUGAGCUCAGUCCUCACAUUGAAAUAUCAUUAAAAAUAACAUCACCAGAGUUUUCUAGGACAGAUUUUGAGAAAAAUGACUAAAAUAAGAUUAAUGAUUUGCACAAACUAUUAUAAUAAUUGUCAUACUCUUACAUGUAUAGUGGUUAUUUUUACAGGUAGGAGGACUGGUGGUGACUUUCACAUUAAUAUUUCGGUAAAAUAAUAAUUAUCCAUCAGAAAUAUGGCUUUUGGAUCCUUUUCUCACCAUACUGAGUAAAAGUGUAUGACUAGAUCUCAUCUCUCCUCACAUACCUGUCCAUUUUUAAUAACAUAUUUUUAUGAUGUCCUGGCAUGCCUUUACAGAUUUGAUGUUUACCUGUCACCUGUUACAUUUGGGUUGUUAAAUAGUGUGAAACCAACAGUAUGUAUAUGUGUGGUUUUUGACAAACUCUUUUUUACCCCUGUGUUUGGUAACUGAUCAAUGAAAAGCAUUUAAUUAUAAGUUUAAUCUUAUUAAACACAAAAUGAAUGGAUCCCAAAUUCAAGUCUGAAAGACAUUCCAACACUGUUUGUUUAAAGUUUAUUAUUAAUUUAGGUGGCUUUUAACCCUCCUCCUGUGUUAGGGUCUGCACCGACUCGUAUUUGAUUUUAAAUGCUUAAAAAAGACACUUAAAUUAACUUUUUUGCAUCAAGACUUUUGGACUUAUUCAGGAACCUCUAUUUCAACAAAAUAAAAAUAAAAAUAAAUACAUUUACUCAAUUAUAAAAUGCUCUCAUUAAACUUAUGGCACCCGUCAUGUUAGGGUCGCUGUCGACCUGGUUAGAUCAAUCUAAUAAUCAGAGCAAAAACUAAAAUCAUAAAUGCACUGUCAGGCACCACACUGACAGUCAGAUCCUCUUCCAAUCAUGUGAGAUUUAGGAAAUUCUUAUUUUGCCAUAUUUUUCCUUGCACAAAAAACAACGUCGGGCAUGUCCAGACAUGUGAGAUCAAUUCAGUAUAGAUGUCUGUGUGAGGGGUAUACUGACAAAGAAAGGCCCAGAGGCCCACUACAAAAUAUUAUAAGCAAUAUUUUCAUGGAUAACGAAGCCUAACAAGGUAACCUAGAGAUGAAAACCAAAUUGGAUGAUAGAAAAUAGUUUUUAGUGUAAUUUACAGCUGAUUUAAGACACAGGUCAAAACCGACCUGGUGGGUGCGUAGUAAAAGCUAACACAGGAGGAAGGUUAAGAAAAUAACUACCACUGCAGUUAAACUGACUGCUUUUGACUCUUUGAUCUGAUCCAGAUGGAUGCAGGUCCAGGACACCACCUGUCAGUGCUGCUAAAAAGACCUGGUAUGCUGGACCAAAAUUGGAGAUCAGAAACUGAGACCACAUCCUGAGACAGAAUCUGAGACUGGGACACACAGAAGACCUCCAAUAUCAUCACAGUCCUCCUUCCCUUCAUGGAGCUGCAGGGUCUGGGUUAGGGACCGAGGAGAGUCCAGAUCCAGACCUGAAGAGAAGUUGAACCUGAACGGGGCUCAUGGUGAGAUAAAAACACCUUUUUAUUUAUGAAAUCUUACUGUUAUUACCUAAUACACCUCUUUCACAUCUGUCUGUAUAUCUGUGCAUUCAUAAUUACGAUGGUGAUAAAGAUGAUAAUGAUGAUAGACAUGAUGAUGAUAGUACUAAAAAUGGUGAUAAGGCUGAAGAAGAGUCAAGAGGUCCAGGGCAGCAGGCCAGCAAUUGCAACUGUCAAGAGGAAGCUGUGAGAAAAGGGAGCUCAGGGACUCCCAGAAAGGUCUGAGGUUGAACUUCAAUGAACCAUGAAGGUUUCAAGAUACUAAAAUGUAGACAGAGAGCAGAGGGAGUGUGACAGACAGGAGCUCAGUGGGCCACAUACUGCAGACAGUCUAAACUGUUAGCAGUUUUAGCCUAUAGCAGUCUGAGCCUAUGGCAAUCCUACAGCAGUUUAAGCCUAUAGCAACCUAUGCCCAAAGCAGGCUAGGCCUACAGCAUCAUUACCAAGAGAUUGCUCAUGCCUUUGCCGACCCUAAAAGCUUUACCAAAGGAAAACUCUCAAUCCUAUGCAUAAAAAGGGGGCUGUCUGCCUCUGGGACUCUGACUGGUGGAUUUCAAAGCUGAUGGGUCCAUAAGCUAAAGGCUCUACCUCCCACGCAUCUUCUAGAGACUUUAAGUACAACGCGCAAUCCUGUGGAAUAAUAGGGCACCAUUGGCUCCUGAAGAUAUGCUGCCUGACCUUUAAGUGCUCUGUACGUCAGAGAAAGGGUUUAAAACGAUAUUCGACAUUAGAAGGACAGCAACUGGUAAGGGUGAUGACAAUGAUGAUAUAAUCUUGAUAAUGCUGAUGGACAUAAUGGUGAUGGUGAAUGUAUUGAGCAUAAAUAUGGGGACAAAGAUAAUGAUGAAUGUGAUGUAAUCAUAGAGAUAUUGAUCAGGGGUCAAUAUGUUAAAAUAAUGAUGUUAGUAUUGUUGUGACGAGGGUUUAUUGGUGAUAAUUAAUGAUGAUGCUUAAAUGGUGAUGAUGAUGAUAAUGAUAGUUGGAUGGUGAUAAUGUAAAUAAUGCAAUGAUGAUGGCAUUGUGAAAUUGGCAAUAGGGAUGGUGAUAUUUGUAAGGAUUGUAAUUAUGCUGAUGACAAUGAGGAUAAUGAUAACGUCGUGAGGAAGAUGUGAAUUGCAGCCAUGGUGAUUGCUGGUGAUAAUAGAAAAAAGAUGGUGGGGAAAAAGAUAUUAUGGUUUCAAUGGAGACCAGGUGAUGGAAGUGAUGAUUGUCAUGCUGAUAAUGAUGGUGGUGAUGCUGAUGAUGGUGAUUAUUGUGAUUUUGUUCAAAGUAAUGGAAAAAGGUGUUAAUAACAGUGAUAGUAAUUCUGUUUAUGUGGUGAUGAUGAUUAUGAUUAUUUUGAUUUUGGUCAUGAUGAAGAUAAUAAUAAUAAUAAUAAUAAUAAUAAUAAUAAUAAUAAUAAUAAUAAUAAUAAUAAUAACUUUAUUUAUAUAGUACCACUAAAACAGCUGUUUAAAAAGUGCUUUAAAAGUGCUUUUAAGUGCUUUAAGUGUUUGUUUCUGCCUUUGUUUGAAAGGAAAAUUGACAGUUAAAAAUUGAUGGUUGAUGGCAUCACAUCAGAAAGAUGGAAAAGAAGAAGGUGGACAGAGGACAGAUAAAAGAGAAAGGAAGAGAAAUAAAUACGUAAAUAAUUAAAUGAGAUGGGGUAAAAUAACAGUAAUAAUGAAAAAUGAAGGCGUAUAUUAAAACAUGAAAAAAGGACUAAAAAUGAUAAGAAACCAGUGAGGAGACUAAAAACAGCAGGAAAAGAAAUAGUUCAAAAGUAAUCCUAAAAUACGUAUGCAGAUAAAAUAGAAUAAUAUAAAUAACUAACAUGGUUAAACAAGAGGUAUGAAGGCAAUAAAAUACAUAAAUAACUAAAUAAAUCAUGCAUCAUGUAAAAGUUGUGUCUCAACCAGAGACUCUGGUACUUUUGUAUCAAACAUGAAUAAAAACAGAAUAUAUUUUCUUUUCCCUCUGAUAUUCAAUGAAAACACUACAAAGAUAUUUAAAGGUUGAAAUUCAUCAACCCAAUUGUUGAAUAUUCCCUCAAUAUUUGAUUUCACAAGUUCCUAAAAAGUUGGUUCAGGGUCAACAAAAGUCUGGGAAAACUGAGGACUGCUCCAAAAACACCUGUUUGGGUCAUUCACAGGUGAACUAGUUCAGUGGAAACAGGUGAGGGUCAUGACUGGGUAUAAAAGGAGCUUCCCUGAAAGGCUCAGUCCUUCACAAGCAAGGAUGGGGACAGGUUCACCACUUCUAGUGAUUUCAUCAUCUAAAGUCUGUAAAAUCAUCAUACCAUGCAAAGCCAAAGACAGAUAUCAACAACAGCCAGAAACAGCACCGGCUCCUCUGGACCUGAGCUCAUCUGAGAUGGACUGAGCCAUAGUGGAAAAGUCUCCUGUGGUCUAACAAGUCCACAUUUCAGAUUGAAAAUCAUGGACCUGGUAUCCUCCAACAUAAGGACUAUCCAGACUGUUCUCAGGUCAAAGGUCAAAGCCAGCAUCUGUGAUGGUCUGAGGGUAUGUUAGUGCCCAUGGCUAACUGUCACAUCUGUAAAGGCUCCAUUAAUGAUGAAAGGUUCAUAUAGGUUUAGGAGCAACAUCAGCUUCCAUCAGAGCCCUGUCUUUUCCAGGAAUGUCCCUGCUUAUUCCAGAAAGAAAACACAGAGACCCAUUCUGUAUGGGGUACAACAUCGUGGCUUUAGAGUCAAAGAGUCCAGGUAGUAGACUUGAGCCUGCAGUCCAGACCUGUCCCCCAUUGAAAAUGUGUUAAGUAUUAUAAGCACAUUUAUACUGACAGGUCAUUUAUAAGCACAAAAAACAACAACAAAGACCCUGGACUGUUGAGCAAUUGAAGUGGCCCAUCAAUCAAGACUGUGAAAGAAUUUACCUCCACAGCUUUAACAGUUAGUGUCCUCAGUUCACAAAGGCUUACUGAGUGUUGUUAAAGGAAAGGUGAUGUAACAGAGAGAAACAUGACACUGAACAAGCUUUCAGGCACGUGCUACAGAUAUGAAAUUCAAAAUGAGUGAAUAUUUACAAAACAACAAUCAGGUUUAUCAGUUUGAACAUCGAUAUCUUUGUAGUGUCUUCAGUUGAAUUUAGGUGGAAAAGGAUUAGUAAAUUGUUGUAUUCUGUUUCUAUUCAUGUUUUACACUAACGUCCAAACUUUAUAGAGAUUGAGGUUUGUAGUAAUGAUGGUAGGUAUGAUGACAACAGUGGCAAUGAUAUGAUGGUGAUGUGUUUGUGGUGAUAUUUAAAGUGUUUGUGAUGAUUGUUGAGAUGUUGGUGAUUAUGCUAAUAGAGAUGACGUUGACAGUGGUGAUAAUUGUGAUGAUGAUGAUGAUGAUGAUGAUGAUGAUGAUGAUGUUAAUGUUGUAGAUGAUGAAGAUCAUAUAAAACCUGAGCUGGGGUUGAUCAUAGUUGUUUAGCAGAGUUCGGUGCUGGGUUCAGGGAUGGAGCUACUCCGACUGCUCUGUAUUUUUUCAUUCCUGGGAUCUACACGAUUUAAUCAGUCAUGCUCUGUGUAAUAAACUGUUGUUCAGUGAAGCGAGAGGGGUGUGCGAGCAUGCUGUCCUGCAGAGGGAGAGAAAGAGAGAGAGAGAGAGGGAGAGAGAGAGAGAGAGGAAGACAGUGUCUCUAAAAUACAUGAACACAAAGAAGAAGAGAGUUGACGCUGUCAAAAGACGAAGCAGAGAAAACUUGAGAUUUCUUCAUAUAAUCAGACCAGAGAGGAGGAGAAGGAAAAAGAGGAGGAAGAGGAGGAGGAAAAAGAUGAGGCAGAUGAGGAGGAGGAGAAAAAGGCGAGGAGUUAAUUGUUGUUUUUUAAACAUUAUGUGUGUGUGAACAGAAACUCAACCUGUUGUGUGAAAAAAUGCGUGUGAGCCUCCUACACACAGCUGCCUCUUUCUCUCUCUCUCUCUCUCUCACACACACACACACAUGCACGCAUGCACGCACACACACACUCCUUAAUUAGUCAUAACCACAAACAACACAAACAGACGCACACACUCACGCAGUAGAAACCCCACUCAUUCCCUGUUGAACCUGGUCUCUUAAUCAGGGUAAGCGUUUAUCGGGGUAACUUGAGGGUUCACUCUGUUUCUUUGUUUGUUACGUCUCAUCACCAUGGCAACCUGAUGCUGAACACCUGACCUGCUCUGAAGCUGGUUAUGUUCCUGUUUUAAGAUCAGUCUGCAUAAAACCCCCGCCCAUUGACCAAUCAGAGUGUAGAUUGACAGGACCCUCCGCUGACUGUGUGAUUUUACAUCAGAGGAAACGGAAUGAAAGCUUUAAGUUAUUCUGAAAUUAUGUUAUACUUCAACAGUCCAAUUAAUCAAGAUAAGAUAAGAAGAACUUUAUUGAUCCCUGAAACGAAAUUAAGUUGUAACCUAAAGAGACACAAGCUCUUACAUUGUGUUUGGGUUCGCAAAUAAUCUCAAACAUCAGUUUUUAAAGUGCUGAAUCAUCUCUUAGAUGGCUGCUAAAGCUGGCUCGCCAACUGUCUGCUGCUUCUUCUUCUUCUUCUAUCCUCUGUCUGAAGACACACAGCAGCCAGUGUACAGGAUUACUACAAUGAAGUCAGAGUAUUACAAAAUGCUUAUUUUUAGCACAGGUCAGUGUAGAAGCUCCUGUGAGGAACUUUCGGUUUGGGUCAGUUUUUGGGCGUUUGCUUACCUUGCCCUCCACAUGUUUCACUCGUGUAUUUUGACAUGAAUGAACCACACUGUGCUGCAGUCAUGAUGCUGUGUUAAUGUUACAGUGAUAUAAUAAAACCGUUUUAAUGUAAUAAUCCUGUUUCUGCAGCAGCUCAGAGACUCUUCUGUGUAAAUUUGAUUCCAGUUAAAUGCCGAGAAAUCGAUUCUUUGCUCAGAUGAUUUUUUUCUUUGCUUUAGGCCGGGUAUGUUAACGUGUUUUACAUGUUUAAUGAUGUGAGUUAUUUUAAGACAUGAUGUCAGAGCACAGAGGCAGCACAGGACUCUGUGUGUGGAUCUCCAUCCAGCUCAGAGGGUUUGAGUCUGAAACGUCAUCGUUUACAAAAUAAUUCAACAUCAUGAACCCGACUGGAGGUGGACGUCAUGGUGCAGCCAGUGUUUGUGUGCAGAUCCUCCAAGUGUAACGAGAUUUUCAUUAACAUGCAGCUCAUCCAGCAGAGGAGGAGGAGAAGGAGGAGGCUGGAUGAGAUCAGUGAUGAAGAUUUAUCGUUGGUGUCAGUUCUGAGUGUCUGCACGGACCAAAGAGAGGCUCAUAGGAAUCAGGGUCAGACAGAGAGCUCAAUGUUCAUGUUCAAAUGAAAAAGAAUAAAAGAAAUAAAAAUAAUAAAAGGCUCAAUAAUUUAGAUUCACAUUCAGUAGAAGGAGAACAAACGGAUAAACUGCCCAAACCUCACUCGUGUGAUGAACAGGUUAAAGUUUAACAGACAGUCAACCACCAGAUCUGUCAGCUCUCCAGCAUGAGACAGACUGGGGCUGGAGGAACCACUCAGAAGCACCUUGUAACCUGCAGAUUGACCUAAAACUGUCUGGGUUCAGCCUGAGCUCUCAGCAGCAGGUCUACAGUAAGUUUACACGCACAGUUAAGUGGAGUCGCUGUAAGAGCUUGUUUAGGAGAUGACUGUCCUUGUCUCGGUUUACAAACACCAGUCAAGAGUCAAGUUAGUGACAUAAGCACAUUCGUCUGUGCCCCCCUUUCAGCUCUGUACUACUGGGUUGUCUCCUAUUGACUAAAAAUGUACCAAAACAAUCAACAAAGCACUUUAGCAGGACACCAAUGAGAUGAACGUGAAACCAUAGAAACACAGUGACUUUUACAGUGACUCUGAACCGUCUUUUUUAUGCUUUUUAACAACUGAGUAAAAGAUUGCCCUGCAAACUCUUUGGCCUCUGUGAACACCGAGGCCAGUUUCAGUCAGAUACAAGAUUAUAUGUGACUGAGAAAAUGGAUCCCCAAAAGUAUCAUCCAGACUAAUUUGAUUCAGUGAAGUUUCAUUCGAACUAAAAUGUUUACAGUCAGAUUAAAGCCAUAAAUCUAUUCUUAGACCAAUAUGCAAAUGUACUGAGUAGCUCAAAGGCAGGAAAAGUCAGAGAUCUAAGUGCACUAAUGAUUAGACAAGGAUAUUAUAAGCCUUGACAUGCUUAUUAUUCUGGCUGUGUGGUUGUACAGCCUUAAAAAGGUAGACUAGGGCUAAUAUCAGGCUAUGGAUAAAGAAGGUAACUGCUGGUCCAGGUUCAGGGUGUGACCAAGCCAUGAGAGGAUCAGCACAGGUCCAAGUGUCCAGCCCAAGAUUCAUCAAACUAUUUUUUUAUUGAACUAAAGAGUAUUGAUAUCUUGUUUUGUUUCUAAAGUUCUGUGUUUGUAUUUCUGCAUCUCUGCAGGAUCUAAAGAGGGUUCUGUCCUUCCCACCGUACCCCGGGGACUACCUGCAUCCUGUGGUGUACGCCUGCACAGCUGUCAUGCUGCUCUGUCUGCUCGUCUCCAUCAUGACAUACAUCGUCCACCACAAGUGAGAAAACAUUUAUCAGCCUGUCAUAUUUACCACUGCUGUUAGCCCAACACUUUGGUAUGUACUGUGACAGUCUUUGGACUAGGGAGGCUCUAGUAAAAAAAAAAAUACGGAUUUAUAACAUUGCAAUAAGAACCUGAGUUAAAGGUGCAUUGGUUUAUCAGACUGAGUAAGUGUCUGUCAAUCUCUCAGAGGGAAAAAGGUUAAAAAAUUGCCUCCCUGUGCCAUGAUUUCCACAGCAUGCAGCAAAGUUUACAAUCUGCAUUUACUGUGCGGCUUUGUCACGUUGUCUAACAUUACACAAUGUUUAUUUACUCACUAUCAAAUUACUGUAAUCUUUCAAUAGCCUAACAUAGGAGGACAGGGUCUGCUCCCCCUCCCUCUAUGACCAAGCAUGCCUUGUGUAGUGAAGCGGUUGCCUGGUUCAAGAAGCCCCAUCUGCAGGCUUGAAUAUUGUACAGCAAGCCUACACCAACAACGUAUAACCUCAUACAUUUAAAGUGAUCAUUUAAAAGCACAAAAUAUUUUAGUGUUGUUCUUCAUGAUUUAAAAAAUAAAAAAAGAUCACAUUUGUAAAACAUUUGUGAAUCUGUGUGUAGGUUUGACCUUUGAGUCCUUGCCUAUUGCAGAAAAUACUACUUUACUGAAUACUUUAUUCAUCCUAUACUGAACAUUUUAGUUAACAGUGAGCUCCUGCUUGUAGAAGUCAAAUUUGUUUUCAGAUAAAUUUCUCUGAAUAGUGAUGUAACUCUGAACUCCAAAAUACAGUUGGUGUGCUCUGUAACGGUCUGAGUCGCUGUGUGGGCUUCAUUCUUUUGUACGUAGUGGGCUAGCAGAGUCUUACUCUAAGCCACGACUCCAGUGGGUAACCUCUGUCACAUGGAUCAGUCUGGUCUCUACCAAAAACUCCUAUGUAGAGCAAAGAAAAAAAAGGCAAUCAGCCACUUGGAAAUCUUUGAGUAGGGUUUACAAUUUAUGCAAAUGCAAAUACAAAUGCAUGAAUUGCAUAUGUGUACACGUCAUUAUUGUGUGUUGACCUGACACUCAGAGAGCUCUGCAUUUAUCCUCUUUAACGAUAAGCCAGCCCCCUCUCACUGCUCCAUCCUCCAAAUAAGUGCAUGUUUCCAACUUCUUUGUGAAUUAUAAUUUCAUUAUUAUUCACCAUGAAUCAAACACAUGUAUCAAGCCCUUGUAAAUAACUCAUUUGCAUUUUGUACAGCCAGUCUGAAGCCCUAGUGAGCUCUACAGUAACAUGUACAUAUUAUAAAUGCUUCUUUUUCAAGUUUAAACAACGUGGUUUACCAGACACCAAUGUUUGUAGGAAGUUGUCCACAUGUAAAACCUUUCUUUCUUUUUUCCUCUCGCAGCGUGAUUCGGAUCAGCAGAAACGGCUGGCACACACUCCUCAACUUCCUUUUCCACACCGGGCUGACAUUUGGAGUUUUUGCCGGAGGCAUCAAUCAGAUCAAGUUACCCCUCGUGUGUCAGAUCGUGAGUUGCUUUUUUUUCUCCAUUCUCAGUGUGAUUUCACUGCUUUGAUUCUACAACAUAGCACUCACACGUCCUCAUGUAAGAAUUAUAAUCACUAUUAUCACCAUAAGAAAAGAUCCUCUCAGUGUUCGUGAACAGUGUGACAUUUUUUGGGUGGGUAGGGCUUAGCUGGAGGCAGUAAACCAGCAUGAGCUAGCAAGCUGUUUUUGAAGGGAAUAAAUGUCUGUCUGGAUAUUUAAAUGGAGGCGGACACUGAGACAGACAAGUAGGCUACUCUCAGUGUAUGUAGGAUUUGACAGGGUUACCGAUUGCAGGGUUGCUACACUGAAUUGGUAAGAAAACCAAGAUAUAUUAAAACAAACUAAGGCCUUAUAUGUCUUUAGAUGUCUUCAUGUAUUUGUGAUUGAUUACGAUGAUAAUUCUACAAAAAGGAUGACAAAAAAUUGGUUUCCCUAGUUUGUAGCGAUAGCUGGCCUACAGCAACUCCACUUCUCUGUCUGCUUCAUGUUUGCGUUCAGUAUCAUUUAAAAAAACAAGCUGAAAGAGGUUGAAAAUUAUUUUAUAGCAUUGAGGUAGCGCUAGACCUGGACACUGUUAUCAGAAAUCCCACCUCUUCUUGAUUCUGAUUGUUGAUAAUUGAUAAUUGUUAAUAAUAAGCACAGCGAUGUUGAACUAUCUCAACAGAGACACUGAGAGCGUCACAUUGAAACAAAAGUUUACAAAGUGCUGGAGCAAACAUGUAAAACAUCACUCGAAUGCAGCACAAAGUCCCACCUUUAGGAUUUGAGAGCCCCACUUGAAGGUGUUUGGCUGUAGUCUUGCUCAUUGAGAAUAAAGUACUCUGCUCUGUGGUUUGGUGUCAAACCCAAACAAGCUGUUAAAGUGACCAGAACAACUUAAAGAUAGUCAGUGUUGUUGGGUUUGAUGUAGUCACGAAGAUACAACUUUAUCCUUUUGGGAAGGUUCUGUGGUAUCUGGAGUACAGCACCAACAUGCAAUGCCUUGAGAUACUUCCCAGGGAUAGCCUGAGAUAACCGGAGAAUGGAAUUUGGGCAUUGUGUCUCUUUUAUGGUACCUGGUCCAGACAUCCUGGAUGUUGGGGGUUUUGCAGGUCACAGGUCAUACUUCAAAGCUAGGUGUAAAUCAGACGGUAAAGGAAGAUAACUUGGAGACAAAGAGAUGAUGUAGGAGGACCUAAAACUCUAACCCUAUAUAACAGGAAUAUAAUAGAUUCCUAUUAUACAAGCAAGCCAGUGUCACAAAGCCUCCGUCUGCAUUCACACAUCGUGGACAGACGAGAUUCAACAGUUCACUCAGGAAAAUUAAAAUUUAGAUCCGCAUUUGGGAGAGAAAUUAAAAAAGCAAACAAACAAACAAAAAACAGGUAAAAGACAAAUCAUUUUAUGAAAUGAGCUGACAGGAAACAAAAAGACCAGAUGCAAAGAGAAAUCAGAUGAGACCAGCAAGACACAGAUUAUGACAGUUUGGGUGGAGCACAGGAUAAGAAAAGGCAUAAAGUGCAGCAACAUCCAUAGCAAUGGUUUGUUCUCCAUAGCAACUGAUGAUGUUGCUGAUGAAGAAAUAAGAUAGUGUCAGUUUGUGUUGAUUCUGUACAAACUCCUGAUAAACACUCUCAUACACAGGACUUCACUCACUGACUCACGUGUUUCUAAAUAAUCUUUAUCACCUCUGGUCUGUGACAGGUUGGCAUUGUCCUCCACUAUGCAUCCCUGUCCACCAUGCUGUGGCUGACCUUCACUGCCAGGAACAUCUGUAAAGACGUGUCCAAAGACCCCCUGAAGACACCAGACCGGAAUGGACCAGCCCAGACCCGCUCUAAACCUACCGUACUCAGGUGAGUGAGUCACUUUAUGUAAGAUGGAUGACACCAGAUUAGUUAAUUUGACAAAUCCUGAACUCUGAGUCCAAAAACUUUCAUUCAGAUGAAAACCAGAAUCUUGAUGUUUUCCUUUCUGCAGGUUUUACCUGGUCAGUGAUGGAGUCCCUCUGAUCAUUGUUGGAGUCACAGCAGCGUUUAGUUUGGAUAACUAUGGCAGCAGGGAUGACGCUCUCUAGUAAGUACUCAUCAUUUUUGAGUUUCACAGACUUUUCACAUCAGUUUAAUACAUCUGGAUGCAUCUUUCUAUGUCUUAGCUGCUGGAUGGCAUGGGAGCCCAGUCUGGGAGGUUUUUACGCCCCUGUUGGUCUCCUGGUCCUCAUCAUGUGCAUGUACUUCCUGUGCACCUUCAUCCAGCUCAAACGCCACCCAGAGAGGAAGUACGAGCUGCGAGUUCUAAGUGAGGAACAGCAGCAGCUCUCAUCCAGUGACUCCAACCAUCACUGCCACACGGACCCCGGAGUCGCUUCCGGGUCUGCCGGGGACUGUCCAGCAUUUGCAACCGGUGUGUCGGUUCUUGCCAAUGAGCACUCAUUUAAAUCUCAGCUGCGGGCCACAGCUUUUACCCUCUUCCUGUUCAUGUCCACCUGGGCCCUCGGAGCUCUGGCGGUCUCUCUGGGACACUUCCUGGACAUGAUAUUUAGCUGCCUGUAUGGAGCGUUUUGUGUGACAUUAGGGCUUUUCCUCCUUAUCCAGCACUGUGCCAAACGGGACGAUGUGUGGCAUCGCUGGUGGGCAUGUUGUCCGUCCAAGUCCAAGACUGAGGAAGUGAACGGGGAUGGGCAGAACCACCUACAGGAGGUCCACCAGCCCCACUGCCAGCUGAGCUCCCCUGGUUCUGGGAAGCAGCCGCUUCUCUCCCCUCAUCUAAUGCAGAGUUCUUACAAACUGUCAUCGUCUCCUCAGAGCCCCACAGCCAAUCAGGCAGGUCCCUGCUGUGUGACUGUGAUGGGCCCUGUUAGUCCAGCCCCCAUGUCCCCUCUCCCUGAGCCAGUGUCCCUACCUCGCCCACAGUCUCUUUCUGAUGAGCUCCCUCGUCCCGUGCUGCCUCUCCAGAGCUGCCUUAGCAACAGAGCAAAAUCCCGCUCCUUCAACCGUCCACGCCCCUGUCUGCAGGACUACCGCUCUCACAUGACGUCCACCAGCAUGGACGGGAGCGUGCACAGCUCUCACCUAGACAGCCCUCAUGCUGUGCCUCACCUGGAUGUCUCAUCUCUGGUUCCCAGCAGCCCACAUCCAGACCUCCAGCUGCCUUGCCCAAGUCCUCACCUGGACAAGCAGCUAGCUUCCUGCCACGGCUUGCAACGCCAGACCUCCUCCCACAGCAUGCAAGACUCGCUGACUUCCUGCCACAGCCACGCCCACAACAUGCACGACAGCAACAAUUCCUGUCACAGCCUCCUCCUGCCUUCUCACGGGGUCCACACCUGCCAGUGGCACCUGUACAGCUCAGCCGAUCACUCCUCUCCCGCCAGUUGUUGUGAGAAACCUGAAGCCUUCACCUUUGAGUACCAGCAAGACUCAGAUAUGUACCCAUCAAAGACAGCAGACAAAGAAAAGGACACCCUGUGUGUGGAGCCAGAACCCAAAUGUUACCCACGUAACACUCUACCCCGGCCUCACGCCACUGUCAGCAGGCGAGCCGCCAUCGGCCGUAAUCGCAGCCUGCAGGAAGACGGCCUGUUCGGCUCAGACGCAACAGGAAACAUACGGACUGGACCUUGGAAGAAUGAAACCACUGUAUAGUAUUCUCACCUGUUCACCUGACAGACCUUCAGUUGCCUAGUAAUCAGUUUCCUCUGUCAGUGUUUGGGUCUUAGUGCCCUCAGCUUUGCCCUUGAAACACGUAGACUUCCAUGUGAGGCCUCAGUUCUCCUUUUGACAAAGUGAUUUUUAGUGUAUUUCUUGUUGAUCAUCAGUGGAAAAACCGAAUGAAAGGGUUCUGUUACUGUUUUACUGAUAUUACAAAGCUGCUAUGAGAACUGUGUGCCUCCCUGGGUGCACAGCAGUCAGAAACUGCAGCAGCUUCAUAGAAAAGGAUGGAGAAUGAACAUUGUUACAGCGAGUUUGGCCUUUCGAAGUCCAACAGUUUUUCCUGAGUUUUAGUUUUAAUUGUUUGUCAGUUAAGUCCAUUGACUGUAUAUACUAUGGACAACCUGGUUCCACCUUCCAUCAGUAUACAGAUUUGAAGCCAAAAAGCUCUCGGUAAUUCAAUCCAUGAGCUAAACAAUCAAUGUACGCCAAGAGGCUGUAUCAAGUGUCAAUCAUAGAAAACUUGAACCCCCUAAAAUCUUUUCAAAAUGGAGCUGUACAGAAAAAAGAGGACUUGAGCACAAAUCAGUCUUACAAUAACUACAUGUCAACAUCGCAAGCAGGAAGGAAAAAAAUAUUUUCUGAGUAAUAAAUUUCUAAAGUUCAUCCCCAGCCUCAUAAGCUUUGCUGGCGGAGGCGGGAUUUGUGACCUAUACUGCAGCCCGUCAACAGAGGGUGCUGUUCUCGAGGUGGCUUCACCCAUCAAGGAGGCAGACGGCGACCAUUCUAUAUACAGUCUAUGAUUAAAUCCAGUUGAAGCUCCAUUCAUUCACAAAUGCUGCAGUUACUCUGAGUCAGUGAGUGGAGGUCUUCAUAAGCUCUGAAAUACAGUCCAAAAUGGACUUUUGGGUGUGAUCCAAAGAUGAUGCAUGCUGGUGUAAAUUGUUCCUCUCCACUUUUAGCAAAAACUUGAUGAGGCUAUGUUAUUUGAGCUGUAUUGACCCGAUUCUGCUGAUCUGGUUCUGUUAAUCCAUAUCUAUGAAUCCAGUUCUACGGGUCCACUUUUUUUACUCUGGUUCUGUUAAUCUGGUUCUGUUGAUCCAGAUUAGUUCACCUGGAUAUAUUCACUUUUAACUUUACAUAAAUGUUUCCUUGAGCCUGUUUGAAUUUUGACCCUGUCGUGCCUCAGGUUACAUCUAAAUAAUGCUGUAGUCUGUAGGCGUGUGGUUAAUCAAUCAAGUUAAUUAGCAUAGGAAAUAUUUAAAGUAGUCCCUGUCCUCUUGCUAACGGGCUGACAUGUUGUUAUAGUUCUGCACAUUGAGACAGUUUUAAACGGAGUGAUAAAGCAGGGUUCUCUCUCCAAACAGCUGACAGCUCUGACCUGAGGGAUAUGGGCAUUAAUCAUCAACAUGGUGAUUUACAGUUUAAUGCAAAGAGCCAGUGUAGGUUCACAGAUUGAUCAUUUAAAAAUAUCUAUAUUUGUUAAUGUUAUUCUACACAUGAAAUGACUUCUUUUGAGUGGCUACACAUGUGGAAACACUUUGAAUCAGUGUGAGCAUGUGGUUUUCUUUGUGUGCAUCCAUGCAUGAGUAGGUUCAUUCAGAUGUGAUGUGUUUCUGUUACCUGUAUUUAUUUUGAUAGAUUCACCUUUUAUGAAUAUAAAAAAAAGAUUUAUGAAUAUUUUAUAUAGAGACACUUAAUGUUUGCUGCCAAAAAGGAUCUCGAUGACAAAUGUUGCACUAACAAACUUUGAUUUUCCUCGCCCGUCGAGGUAAAACUAUAAACAUGCUUAGUGCUUCAAAGAACAAACUUUGUAUUGUGCCAAAAUGAUGUGCCAGCUUUCACUGUGAGAGAAAAUACACAACACUUACUAUACACAGUUUGUAGCAUCACACAAACUGGAACUCAGGUUUAAAAACAUUCAUCAGCAACAUUUCAAGUCAUUCCAUAAACUUCCAUUUUUCUAUCCAGAGGGCAGUGAUAUAACGAAACAUGACUGUCUGACAAGGUCUACAGAUGUCAAAUCUGGACUGCCUACAGUAUAAUCCAGAUUUACUUUGAUUUAAACCAAACUAAUUUAAGUCUAAACCUGACUAACAAUUGUUUCAACCCUGGUUAUGGUUAAACCAAGCUCUGGUUUCAACCAGACUAAGUACAGUUAAACCAGACUGGUCACAGUUUGAAUCAGACUUACUACAUUUUAAACCAGGCCUUCUGUUGUUGUUUUUUUUUGUAUGAUUUAACUAUGAUUUAAACCAGACUACUCUUAUGUCAGACCAAAUGUUGGUUAAACCAGGCCUACUUCAAUUUAAACUGUAUUUACUUAAGUUCAAAAAUGACUAAACAAAGUUUUUUGUUAUACCAGACAAAAUACAAGACUUACUGCAGGAAACAUCAAUCUGACAAUGUUUUAAACCAGACUUGAUGAAGUUAAAGCCAGGCUUGCUAAAGUUAAAUACAGACAAAAUAUUGUUUGAACCAGAACCUACACAGUUUAGACCAAACUAAAUAUGGUUUUAAGUAGACUAACAAAAGUUAAAAACAGACUUUCUACAAUUUAAACCUGGUCUAACAAUUCACACCAAAUUUACAAAAAUGACAACCAAAUUUUCUACAAUUUAAUCCAGAUUAUCUCAAGUUUAACAAGACUUCCUACUUAAACAAGAUUUUUGCAGUUUGAACAGGAUUUAUUACUUAAUAAUUUAAAGCUUACACAAGACUAAUCAUGGUCAAUUUUAGACUUGCAACAGUUUGGCGCAGACUCACUGUAGUUCAAACUGAUGUCAUAUUGUUUAAACCAAACUGCUUUUAGUUGAAACCAAACAAGCAACUAGACCAACUCUGGUUUAAACCAGACAAACAAUGGUUUAAGACAGGCUUCAUGAAGUUUAAAUCAGGCUUCAUUUUAAACAGGGGUUUAACUGUUUUACUCAAUAUACCAUAAACAUCUCAACCUUUUUUUAAUGUGCAGACCCAGGUUCCAGGUUUAAUCCUGGUUUGAUUAAACCUGGUUUAUCAAAGUACGGCACAGUGGUUAAACUGGUCUAUGGUUCAUUAAGAAUGAGUAACAGUGCUUUGCUAAAGUCACUGAUGUUUGAUUUCCUUCGUCAGACCUUUGAUUUAAAUUUCACCUCAGUUUUGUGUUGUUAUUGUAAACAUUGAUUUAGUAUCCGUGUAAUAUUGAAGAGUUGACUCAUUACGUUUUUAUUGUCAGUCAAACACAGGCAUUCACAAUCAGUCGACGUCUCUCGGUGUGAAAACCUGAGGUCAGCUGACAUGACAAUUUUCGUCAUGUGACGUGUUGUUGUGUUUCUGCGUUACGACAGCUUUAAGCGUCUUCCUGUGUGGGGGUGGGGUAGGUUCACCUGUGAUAAUGACACUGAUUCUGUCCAAACACACAGACAUUCUUCGAUGUGACAUUAAAUGUGUGUCACCUUCAGUGUGAGAAACAAAGCGACACCUUUAAACAGUCAGUGUCAGUGUGAGCACUGUGUGUCGUCUGCACUCCAAUAAAGACUAACUGUGAACAUGA